AUGAAACAUAUUUCAUAAAAUUCAUAGAAUUUGUAACUCGUCACGAAGACCUUCAAUGACAUCCCAUUCACUAUUUCCACUCGAUAUUAAGGAAUUAAAUUAUUGGGAGCAGGAUCAUAUGGAACAGUUUUGUUAGCCUUGGAUACCCAAACCAACACCAAAGUUGCAAUUAAGAAACUCAACCCAUUAGAGGAUAUUAUAGAUGCCAAGAGAAUGCUGAGAGAAAUACGAAUAUUAAGAGCUAUGGCUCAUCCCAAUAUUGUUGCAAUCAAAGCUGCCAUCUACGAUAAUGUAUCAUAAGAGAGUGACUAUUUCGGAACUGUCUAUUUGGUAUAAGAAUAUUUUUAGGCCGAUCUUCACAGAGUUCUUAAAAACCCAAAAGAUCUCUCUGAUGAUCAUGUGCAAUUCAUCAUGUAUCAAUUAACCAAGGCAGUGGCAUAUCUACAUUCAGCAUCCAUCAUACACAGAGAUAUCAAACCAUCCAAUAUAUUAGCCAAAGAUGACUGCUCAAUAAGUCUGUGUGAUUUUGGCCUCUCCCGAUAAAUCGAAGAAUACGAAGAAGAAGAUAAUAAAAAAGCAUAAAAUUUCACAGAAUAUGUUGUUACAAGAUACUACAGAGCACCAGAAAUUAUGGUUUCCUCUUAGCAAUAUUCUUUUCCCAUUGACAUUUGGUCAUUGGGCUGCACUUUUGCCGAAAUGCUAAAUGAAGGAAAGGUUCUCUUUAAAGGCAAGACUUAUGUUUAAAUGGUAAAAAUGAUCUUCGAAAUACUUGGCAAACCAAUUCAAGAAGACCUGGAUCAAUUCAUCAAGAAUAAAAACGCUAUGGAGUUUGUCCAGUCCCUACCAAGUGUCCCACCACAAUCAAUCAAGAAAUUAAUUGAUUAUUCCAAUCCUCUAGCAAUUGAUUUAUUGGAUAAAAUGCUUGUGAUCAAUCCUCAUAAAAGAAUCACUGCUCAAGAAGCAUUAAAUCAUCCUUAUUUUAAAGAAAUUAGAGAAAAAACUGAGGAAGCUCCUUAUAAAGGGCACGCAGACUUUACAUUCGAAAAUGAUGACACUAUUAGUUUUGAAUAAAUGAGAAUUAUGAUUCUCGAAGAACUAAAUAAAUUAGGGGAAAAGAUAGAUAUUCCUGGAGAGAUAGAUAGAUUAAGAUAACUCAGAGAGAAAAGGAGAGCUCAAAAAUUAAAAAAAUGAUUAUUUUUUUAUUCAUUAUAAGAUUUUAAGGCAUAUAUAUA